CUUCAUGUUGUUGCUAUAUCAAAACUUUGUUACAUUAACUUCAUCAACAACUAUACUAUACCAUCCUUUUUUCAUAAAUCAAACCAAAAACCUAUCAAAAUGAAUGAAAAUCAAGGGAAGGAGGAUAUACAAGAGGUAGUGAGUGACCAAGAAGUUCAACAACUUAUGCAAAACCUUCCUAAGGUAACAAUUAUGAGUAACAAACUUGAACUAGUAAACUAUCAAGGUUUUUGGCAUCCCAAUAUAAAAAACUACCUUAAGAGCACCCUUAUGUUUCAACGACACUUUCGAGCUCGAAACACCGAUAUUAUCAUAGCUAGCUUCCCUAAAACAGGCACCACUUGGUUAAAAUCGUUACUCUUUUCCGUCGUUAAUCGUUUUCGUUACCCUAAAGAUCAAACCCCUUUGCUCAAACAUCAUCCGCAUGAGCUUGUGUAUCGGUUAGAGGUUGAUGUUUAUGGCAACGCUUUCGAGUAUCCUCGGCCUCAACAUCUUGAUGAGCUUCCUUCGCCGAGGCUUCUCCACACCCACUUGCCUUACACUUCUCUUCCAGAGUCUAUUAUGGCUUCGGGGUGUCGGGUUUUGUACAUUGGUCGGAAUCCCUUAGACACGCUCGUUUCGUUGUAUUACUUUUCUAUAAAAAUGAUGAAAAAGAUGGAAGGUCAAGAUUUUCAUCUUCGUAUGGAGGACUUCUUUGAGGAUUUUUAUGCCGGGAGGAUGCCACAUGGGCCCUUUUUUGAGCACGUCGUUGGAUACUGGAAGCAGAGUUUAGAGCGGCCUGAUAAGGUGUUAUUUUUCGAGUACGAGGAUUUGAAGGAAGAUCCCAAAUUAUAUGUCAAGAGGUUGGCCGAGUUUGUAGGUGUACCAUUUUCUUUAAAGGAAGAUAGUGAAGGUGUAAUAGAAGAUAUAAUAGAGAUGUGUAGUAUUAAUAAUCUAAGAGAAUUAGAUGUUAACAAAAGUGGGGUGAUUAACAAGUACUUUGAGAAAAAUAGCUAUUUUAGGAAGGGGGAAGUUGGGGAUUGGACCCAUCAUUUAACACCCUUAAUGGUAGAAAGGAUGAAUAAUCUCAUGCACGAAAAACUUGAGGGUACUGGUUUAUCAUUCAAAAUGGUUUCCUUGUAGUCAAGUACAGGCUAGACUUGGCUUGUUGGCCCGCCUGUUGAGAGCUGGAUCAAAUCUAGCCCACUUUGUUAGCGAAAUAGGUCGUAUUGGGUCACCUCUUAAUGUGUAUUAGGUAGGCGGGUUAGAUCGAACCUUAACGGGUUAACCUCUUUUUUAACCUUAUAGGACUAUCCAAUAAAUUUUUAAAUAAAAAUGCAGACAAGUUUGCUCAAUACUGUUGAGCAAAAAAGGUAGUUUCAAAUAUCCCUUGUGUUUUAUUUUGAUGUUCUUGGUGGAAUCUUGCAUCACUAUCCACAAUUUGAGAGAGUUGUAAAUUAUUUACGAUUA